AGCAGCUGGAAGGAAUCCCCGCACCACGAUAAUCACGAAGCGCGACGCAGGCGCCACAACUCAACUCCCCCACUGACUGCCUCUGUCUCCUGACUCCUCCCCAAACCCCGCGCCGCCCAAGCGCCUCCUCGCCGCCGCCGCCGCCGCCAGACCCAGCUAGGGUUCCGGCGAGCUCGCGGCCUCGCCGCCCCGCCGCGCCUCCUUCCUCGAGGGCUCCGCUCCCCGGUGAGGGCGCCCGCCCCUGCGCCCCCUUGCUGGAUUUGAUAGCAGCUAUGCAAAAGGAUACAGGCUCUGGUGAUGUUUCUCCUUCUCAUGUAGGACGUGUUAGACAUCGGAGGCGCCCGAAUGAGACUGCCACCGAUGGGAAUAGAGCCAAUGGGACGGUUUUGCUUGUCAGCGACCAGAACAAGUACAAGUCAAUGCUUAUCCGUACAUAUUCAACUUUGUGGAUGAUUGGAGGCUUUGUGUUCGUGGUUUAUAUGGGUCAUCUUUAUAUCUGGGCCAUGGUGGUUGUGAUUCAAAUAUUUAUGGCAACAGAGCUUUUUAACCUACUCAGAAGAUCCAGCGAAGAGAAACAAUUGCCAGGGUUCAGGCUCCUGAAUUGGCACUUCUUCUUCACGGCAAUGUUGUUUACUUAUGGGCGUUUUCUUAGCCGGGAGCUUGUUAACACAGUAACUUCAGAUCACUUGCUGUAUAAGCUCGUCAGCGGCCUAAUAAAGUAUCAGAUGUUUAUUUGCUAUUUUCUUUAUAUUGCAGGGUUUGUAUGGUUUAUUUUGACUCUGAAGAAGAAGACAUACAAUUACCAGUUCAAACAGUAUGCCUGGACGCACAUGAUCCUUUUAACGGUUUUUGCCCAAUCUUCUUUCACCGUGGCAAAUAUAUUUGAAGGGAUGUUCUGGUUUCUUCUCCCUGCUUCGCUCAUUGUGAUCAAUGACAUUGCUGCGUAUUUAUUUGGGUUUUUUCUUGGGAGAACACCACUGAUCAAGUUAUCACCAAAGAAAACAUGGGAAGGUUUUAUUGGUGCAUCGGUGACAACCAUCAUCUCUGCUUUUCUGUUGGCAAACGUAAUGGGUCAUUUUCAGUGGUUAACCUGCCCAAGAAAGGACCUGUCGACAGGAUGGCUUACCUGUGAUCCUGGUUCUAUGUUUAAGCCAGAGCAUUACUUUUUGGGGGAUUGGGUGCCACAAUGGUUUCCAUGGAAAGAAGUUUUCCUUUUACCCGUGCAGUGGCAUGCUUUAGCCCUUGGGUUGUUUGCAUCGAUAAUAGCACCAUUUGGAGGAUUUUUCGCAAGUGGCUUCAAGAGGGCUUUUAAAAUAAAGGAUUUUGGCGACAGUAUACCUGGGCAUGGUGGAAUUACUGACCGAAUGGAUUGUCAAAUGGUCAUGGCAGUCUUUGCAUACAUAUAUCACCAAUCCUUUAUCUCGCCCCACAAUUUCUCUGUUGACACAAUCUUGGAUCAGAUUGUAAGAAACCUAACCUACGAGGAGCAGAAAUCCUUAUACCAGCAACUAGGAGAGAUCUUCCGUGAAAGGCAGUUUAUGCAAAGCUGAAGAUUUAUUUGCGUAUGAACCACACAACCACACAAGACAGCUGCGUAUGGUUCAUUAUGUAGUUCUAGAUCUAUGUACAGCAUCGUAGCUCCUCUGUACCGUGAUAGAGUGAUGUCCUUAUCCAAACCAUUGUACAGAACGGAGUGUGGAUAGGGUUUAGGUUCUUGAUCCGCUCUCCACUUAUGUUGCUUCUUUUAAUCAUCUGCGCUAAUUCUCUCCUUGUCCGUUAUCAUCAGUGUUCUUGUAAAAACAGAGCUGGAAAAGCUUAUUCGUGUAUAUCACUUUGUCGGUCUUCGCAUCAAAUAUUUUGUAAGCCCUUAGUUUGCCAGUGUCCUUUGUUCUUUUUA